GUAAACGUUCCCAUUACUGAGGAGUAAACGAAAGUAGCGCCGCGGCAAACCGUUGCGGAUCCCUCUUAAUUUAAAGGACUUGAAGUUUCGGUCCCGGUCAGGCUAUCAUUUGUGAUUUUGCAGGGAUAUAUAUAUACAUAGGUAGGUAUGCAUAAGAGAGAAAAAACUAGUGAAUAAUAUGCGACAGAGGGGAGAAUAAAUUUAUCCCGUCUUAUAUGACGUAGCUACCUACCUAAAGCAGGUGAUACUUUACCACUAUGUAGUACACAGUAUAGGUAAUUGCAUCUUAUGCCGGUAGAUUAGGUAAUAGGUUAGGUAUUUAUUUGUCCUCGAGAUAAGCGAGUAGUAAGCUGAGAUCAGAUGUACCUACUACCUACUAUUUUAAUCAAUCCUAAGUAACCUACCUAUAUAACUGUUCUUUUUGUUGUCCUCCAACAAAAUAAUACCCGAAAGCAAUUAAGAAAGAGAGAAAAAAAACAAAAAAAACAAAAACAAAAGAAACCGUCUUAUGUUGCCUGCACUGCGCGUACAGCUGGGAAAAGCAGCUGGACAACGUGCAAUGUUUGGCCAAGCUCGGCACUUCGGUAAUAUGGCGGAAUCUCAAGAUGCUAUUGUUAGAGAGUUGCAGAAGUACACAACCUGCGACGUCUCUGAUGCCCUGUGCAAGCUCAAUUACCGUAAUGGCGGGUUUUUGUCCGGCUUGACCAUGUGGUCUCCUCAGCGCCAGGACGGUCCCACCAAGAUCGUCGGCCCAGCCUACAUUGUUAAGUACGUGCCAUUAGACGAUCCGUCGCCUAAGCAUCCAACCCACUACAUCGAUACUGUCCCUAAAGGUGCCGUGAUUUUUGUUUCUUGCCCUCCUAAAAUUCCGAAUGCCGUCUACGGCGGCUUGAUGUCCGCCCGAGCCCUAUUUAGGGGCGCGGUUGGGUCCAUCAUCGACGGACGCUUCCGUGACUUGCAAGAGCAGCGAGAAUUACAAUAUCCGAUCUUUGCCCGGGGAACAGGGACGGCACCUCCAGCUGAGUUACUCAAGGUAGCCGCCAUCAAUGUGCCCGUAAAGCUGCAAACAGACGAGCAAGACAUGAAUAUUCGGCCGGGUGAUUACCUAAUUGCCGACUUAAACGGCGUUGUCGUCUUACCUGCUAACUUGGCCGAGCAAACCCUGCCGCUAAUGAAAAAGCAGGUCGAAGCAGACGACAAGAUGGCAGAGGCCAUCAAGGAGGGGAUGAGCUUCUUUGAGGCCAGCAAAAAAUUCAGAUAGGCGUCAUGGCGGAAAGCUUAUGUUCAAUUCCCACGUACCUCAUCCCUGCGCAACGGUCCAGAUAUUUCCUCGACCAUGUCCUACGUGAUGAAUUCAUCAAUCCAUACGACAAAUAGACGCAUCGGAGAGCGAGCCGGCCAGCUUUAUCAGUAGCUAUUCAUCGUACAUACCUGUCAUGAGCAGCUACAUAUCCGACAGUCUUGAUAAUAAUGAACUACAAAUACCCAAAACUCCAAAACCCAUACCUGUCUUCUGAGUCGCUAUU